AUGCCAGACUCCAAUAAUACCCGCCAUACUCGGAUCAUUGAUAAACGGGAUUUCGACGCUAAUCGGCCUUUACACAUGCAGGAUACUGAAGAUGAAGAUGGGGGUGAAGCUGAUCGACGGGGACGGGUUGGCUGCUGCCAUGACGGGGGAAGUUGUUUGCUCGAGGAGGUCGCUAACGAGAUUGCAGAGCGGGAUAGAAGGUUGCUGAAGCAGCAGGCCGUUAGAAUUAUCAGCUUUAUAUGGGGAGUUGGAAGUGCACUCUGCGCCGGGAGUAUAACUGCAUUCUCCCUCUACGGACCCCUCCUCUUCACACGGCUCCAUUACUCGCAAUUCCGCGUCAAUGCCGUCGCCGUCGCAGCGGCGAUUUCCAUGUAUUUUCUCGUACCAUUUUUUGGCUAUCUGUGUGAUAGAUACUCUCCAGGUCCCAUAUCAUUGAUGUCCGCUUUCUUCUUCGGUCCCGGAUACCUUCUUGCAGCAUUCGCCUACAAAUCCGGCCCCCCCGUAGAUACAGGCGGCACGGGAUGGCCGUUUGCCGUCAUGGUCAUAGCGUUCGUGGGCGUAGGUGCUGGCACAUGUUGCAUGUACCUCGCUGCAGUUACGACGUGUGCGAAGAACUUUGGGCGCGGAAAGCAUAAGGGCAUUAUGCUUGCUUUGCCCAUUGCAGCUUUUGGGCUGAGUGGCAUGUGGCAGAGCCAGGUUGGCUCGCGUUUAUUAUAUGAGCGUGGACCGGACGGGCAGAAGGGUAGUGUCGAUGUUUUUAAAUACUUCCUCUUCUUAAGCAUUCUUUUGACUGGUAUUGGCAUUGGGGGAACGUUUGCGUUGCGUAUUGUGGAUGAGGAGGAGAUGAUUGACGAAGCUGUGGAUGGGUUGGAACGAAGCGGGAUCCUUGGUGAGAGUGACUUUCUCCUCCCGAGGAACGAGGUUCGGGCGGCGAUAUCGUCAUCACUCGCUUCUUAUGGGGCUAUGGAUGGUGUUACUGAGACUGAUCCACAGCUUGACGAUGAUUCUGAAUCCCUCACGCUCUCAGAGGAGGAAUGGCGGGACCGUCAGUUGGAGGAGCGUAGGAAGAAGAACUGGCUUCUUAACCAGGAGACGAUGCUGUUUUUGAAAGAUAAUACAAUGUUAUGGCUUGCAGUUGGAUUCCUUUUGAUUACAGGGCCCGGAGAGGCGUAUAUAAACAAUGUGGGCACAAUUAUUCCAACCUUAACCCCACCAUCUUACCCUCCCAACCUUCCGCCUCCAGCCGGCAUCCCCGCAACGCACGUCACAAUCAUCGCUCUAACCUCCACCGUCGCACGCCUCUUAACGGGCUACCUAUCUGAUGUUUUCGCCCCGUCCCCAGCUCACCCCCACCUCCAACCCACCUCUCCUUUCCACUCACAACUCCCAUACGAACAACACGGUCUCCCUUCUCUCAUCAGCCACAUAACCGUCUCCCGCAUGACUUUCCUGCUCCCCUCCGCCUUCCUCCUUUCCCUCGGCUUCAUCUUCCUCUCCACACCCAUCCCACUCUCCUACCCGCAAUCCUUCCAUCUCACAACCGCCCUCGUCGGUCUUGGCUACGGCGCCGCUUUUGCUCUCGUCCCAAUCGUUGUUUCUGUCGUUUGGGGCGUGGAGAACUUUGGCACCAAUUGGGGUGUUGUGGCGAUGUUUCCUGCGGCCGGGGCGGCGGUUUGGGGUGUUGUGUAUUCGGCGGGAUAUGAGGCGGCGAGGAGGGCGGGCGAUCGAAAUGGGAUUGGAGAGGGAAACGGGAAUGCGCAGUGUGUUGGCUGGGGCUGUUACGGAUUUUGGGCCCUGGGAUGUACGGUUAGUGUGUGGAUUGCGAUGGGAUUAUGGACGAUUGCGUGGAGAGGUUGGAAGCGGAGGGGCGUUGUGGUCUAA